AUGCAGCCGGCGGACGCGGAGAUGGCAGAGCCCGCAGCGGAGGACCAGCCUGCGGAGGAGGAGCUGGUGACGCCGCCCGUGGACGCCGAGACGCUCGCGGCCCUGAAGGACAUGGGCUUCACGGACAACCGCGCCGUCCGCGCGCUGUACUUCAGCGGCAACUCGACGCUUGAGGGCGCGCUGAACUGGCUCGAGGAGCACGCCGAGGACGCGGACAUCGACGACGACCUCAAGAUCCCGAAGAGCGAGGCGGAGGCGUCGAGCAAGAAGGGGGUCAAGCUGACGAAGGAGGAGCUCGAGGACCGCAUCCGGCGGGCGCGGGAGUUCCGGAAGGAGCAGGACAAGAAGGCAGAGCUCGAGAGCGAGAAGCUCCGACUGAAGAUGGCCAAGGAGCUCGCCGCGGCGCGCAGGAUCGAGGAGGAGAAGGAGCUGGAGCGCGCGCGCAUGCAGCGGGAGCGCGAGAAGCAGGAGGAGCGCGAGGCGCGCGAGGCGAUGCGCAGGAAGCUCGAGGCGGACAAGCGCGACCGGUUGCGGCAGCAGGGUCUGAGCGAGGAGGAGAUUGAGAAGCGACUGGCGGCGGCCGCGCAGCCCGCGGAGGAACCCAAGGGCCCCGUGAAGCGCAUGGGCGUGGAGACGAAGCCGAUCUCCGCGCUGACGGCGAUGCGGGACGCGCUGGUGGCGCUCAAGCGCAAGCAUGGGGACGAGGGUGACAAAGCCAAGGUGGCGUUCACGACGCUCAUGACGUACGUGCGCAACAUCGCGGGGAACCCCGCGGAGGAGAAGUUCCGCCGCAUCCGCCUCGCGAACGCGGCCUUUCAGUCGCGCGUUGCCGCCUGCGAGGGCGGGAGGGCCUUCCUUGAGCACCUGGGGUUCGCCGAGUCAGACGACGGGUACCUCGUGCUGCCGCAGGAGAGCGCGACGACGGCGCGGCUCCGGGGCGCGUUCGACGUCCUCGAGGAGGCGCUGACGAGCCCGUUCUUUGGAGCGCUGUGA